AUGUCUUCCCACGUCUUCAGCGAAUUUGCCGACCAGGAGAUCACUGUCGGCAACCAAGCAUUUAGAGUAUGCAAGUCAAUCCUCAUGGACUCUUCAAACGUGUUCAAGGCCAUGCUGAAACCAGGCCGUUUCGCUGAAGGCUGCGGUGGACCCGUCCGGCUCCCUGAAGACGAUCCCGCAUCGUUCAAGCUGGUCAUGGACAUCGUCCAUAACAACUAUAACAAGAUACCACAGACCAUCACGAGCAGCGAGCUGGCCUCUCUGCUUGAACUCGUGGACAAGUACGACCUUGUCUCCCACAUCCGCAACAACACCAUCUCGCUCCGAUGCAUUGAGCACUUCUCGCGGUCCGUAUUCCAAGUCAACAACGGAGCAGAUGUUUUCCUUGCGGCAAAAGCUGCACACGUGUUCGGGUUGGCGGCGCGGCGGGAACAGCUUCUCUGGGCAGCGGCGAUGCUGUGCUACGAGUGGGACGAGAAGUUCCUCGAGGAAGACGAGACGGAAGACGAGCAGAUGUCCGAGGGGAACGAGGAAACAGGUACAAACGAGGAGACGUACCAGAACGGCCCCAUUCUCAAGUACAACGGCCAGCCCGUGGCGGGCUGCGGGUUCGAGGAGACGCUGAAGGCACGCCGCGUGCAGCUCAUCCAAGCGCUGCGCGCCAUCACGGAUGGUGCGGUCAACGCAGCCGCGCAGUCAUGUUGCUGCGAGGAGCGGUGCGACGACGACGGCUGCGCGAUGGACUACAUGGGGGAUUUUAUCGACAACAUGAAGCAGGCGGGUCUGCUUCCUGAUGCAACGGACGCCGACUACGUGCACGGGCGUCCCUUUGAUUACUACAAGGCGCUGAUGGAUAGCGAGGAGGAAGAGCGGUGGUGUCAGUGUGAGGAGUCGUUCUGCAUCUGUCCCAUGCCGGUGUGGCUCCGAGGCUGCAAGUUCCAGGAGAAGGCGAUGGCGGUGCUCCAACGCACUGUAGGUGAGGCCUUUCUUGGGUGGUUCAACGACAGCUGGUAG